AUGUUGAUGCAGCUUGCGGGACUGGCCCUAUAUGCUGAGUCUGUCUGGGUGACAGCCGAUCCAUACAAAGUGUACCCCAUCCUGGGGGUCUCGGGAAAAGAUGACGUCUACGCAGGUGCCUGGAUCUCCAUCUUCACUGGCUUUGCCUUCUUCUGCAUCUGUGUCUUUGGUAUUAUCAGCCUGGUGCGUGGCAAUCGCCUUAUGGUUUUGCUGUAUCUGGUCCUGAUCCUGGUUGUCUACUUGUUUGAAUGCGCGUCUUGCAUCACAGCCUACACUCACCGGGACUUUGUGGUUUCGAAUUCCAAUUUGGUCACCAAACAGAUGCUGACCUACUAUUCUGCGGACACACACCAAGGCCGGGAGCUCACCCGGAUGUGGGACCGCUUCAUGAUGGAGCAACAAUGCUGCGGCACCAACAGUCCAAUGGACUGGGUGAACUACACCUCAGUCUUCCGCGGCAGGUACCCCGAGGUGGUGGCCCCCUGGCCGUUCUACUGUUGCAAGCGGGACCCCAACUUCAUCAUCCUCAAUGAAGAGGGCUGCAGACUGGGGCACGUUGACUACAUCAAUACCAAGGGCUGCUUCGACCACAUCAAACACGCAGUAGACAGCUACGCCUGGGGGGUCUCCUGGUUCGGCUUUGCUAUCCUAAUGUUCACGUGCCCUGUGGUCCUUCUGGUCAUAUACCACUACACCACAAUGUGAGGAACCCCAGCUGGUCAAGCUGGUUUGCAUCCGGUGA